AUCACCGCAUGGGGGCGGCGGUGAGCCGAGCAGCUUUUGGGAUUCCCCGUUAACGCGCCCCCUUCUGCUCCGCUGCUUCACAACACAGUACAGUACAGUACAGUACGGUCCACUACAAGUGCGUUCAGGCUCUCGUCGGAGCGUCUGCUUCUGCUGUGGAGCUGCAAGCGAGCCAUUUAUCCAUCAGUCAUGGCCGCCGGAGUCCAAAUGUGAGUCCCUGGCGUGCGGACGCGGGGAUUCGAUCCGGACAGAACAAUCUCAGCCCCGCAACCAUUUGGAUUUCCUUUUUGGAAUUACAACACAUCUCACAAGGGAAAUACCAUUCAUGUCAAUCCUCCAACAUGCAGCCGCCGCCGAGGAAGGUCAAAGUGACACAGGAGCUGAGAAACACGCACACAGAGCAGAUGACAAGACUGCACUUUAAGCAUCAGUCUGAAUGUGAGCUGCUGGAGGACAUGAGGACUUACAGUCUCAAGAAAGGUCAGCUGGAAAGGGACUAUGCACAGGCUCUGCAAAAACUAGCCAGUCAGUACCUAAAGAGAGACUGGCCUGGAAUUAACCCAGAUGACCAGAGAACAGACUACAGGAACGUGUAUGCAGUGUGGAGGUCUUACUUAGAAGGAACAGUGCAGGUGAGCCAGUCCAGGCUCAACGUCUGUGACAACUACAAGACUCAGAUAUCAGAACCCGCCAAGACCGUACGACUCUACAAGGAGCAGCAACUCAAAAAGACGAUUGACCAGUUGUGUGGCAUUCAGGCAGAGCUGCAGGAGUCAGUGAAGGAGUUGGCCAAAGCCAAGAAAAAAUACUACGACUCUGAGCAGGUUGCCCACGCUGUACGAGAGAAGGCUGAUAUAGAAGCCAAGUCUAAACUGGGUCUUUUUCAGUCAAGAAUUAGUUUACAGAAAGCUAGCGUAAAGUUGAAAGCGAAGAGAAGUGACUGCAACUCGAAGGCAACACAGGCCAGGAAUGAGUACUUGCUAACGCUCGCUGCUGCCAACGCUCACCAUGACCGUUACUACCACACAGACCUACUGCACUGCAUACAGGCCUUGGAUGGGAGGAUCUUCGAACAUGUGAAAGACUACCUGGUGGCGUUGUGUCGUACCGAGUUGGAAGCCUCCCAGGCAUCACACAACACCUUUCAGUUCCUGCUGGACAAAUCCACCAGGAUAAUACAAGAGUUCAACCAGCAGCUGUUCAUGCAGGAGAACCCAGUGUUUCAUAAAGCACAGGAUUUCCAGUUCCAGCCCAGCGAAUUUGACACGACUCUGAGCUCGGUGCAGCAGUUGGUGGACAUUGAACCAUCGCCGGUCAGUGCCAUGAGAAUGACCCUGGCACAGAGUCGUCAGCUGGAGUCAGAAACGGGGACGACGGAGGAGCACAGUUUAAACAAGGAGGCCAGGAAAUGGGCAACCAGAGUGGCCAGAGAACAUAAGAAUAUCAUACACUACAAGAGAGUAAGGCGUUCACACGCAUGCUCUCUGGAGGAGUGUGAGAGUCACGGUUUACCCCCCACGGAGCAGACCCGAGCAGAUCUGGAGUUGAGGAUUGAGGACACCAAAGAAAACAUACGCAAAGCUGAGACCAUAAAGUUGAAAGCUGAAGCUCGCCUGGACCUCCUGCGACAAGUUGGGGUUUCUGUGGAUACUUGGCUCAAGAGCGCCAUGAACCAGGUGAUGGAGGAGCUCGAGAAUGAACGUUGGGCCAGCUUCACUUCCCACGAUCCCUCACUGGCGGGUGCAGUGGACUUGGAGCGCGAGGAAGGUGAUGAGGGUGAAGAGAACAUGGAGGUAUUUGAUGACAGCAGCUCCAGUCCUUCUGGAACCCUCCGGAACUACCCCCUAACCUGCAAGGUCCUCUAUUCGUACAAGGCAUCCCAGCCAGAUGAGUUGACGAUAGAUGAACAGGAGAUGUUAGAGGUCAUUGAGGAUGGAGACAUGGAGGACUGGGUCAAGGCUCGCAACAAGACAGGUCAGGUGGGUUACGUCCCAGAGAAAUACCUGCAUUUCCCUACAUCAAACAGUCUGCUGAGCAUGCUCCAGUCUCUGGCCACGCUUGACGCUCGGUCACACACCUCGUCCAAUUCAACUGAGCCAGAGCUGCACUUGGGCUGCAUCAACGGAGACGCAAAUAUGGUGUACGUCCGUGCACUUUAUGAUUACGAGGGCCAGGCGGAUGAGGAACUCUCCUUUUCAGAGGGAGCAGUGAUCCGGCUGUUGAACCGCGACACGCAGACGGAUGAUGGUUUUUGGGAAGGGGAGCUGAACGGACGAGUCGGCGUCUUCCCCUCCGUGCUGGUAGAAGAUCUGACUGAGAACGGAGAGACCAGUGGAGGCGGGCCAGCAGACAUACAUAUCUCUCCAUCUUUGAAGAUGCCGUCUUCUCUUCCACCUCUUCCACUGUAUGACCAACCUCCCAUCAGCCCUUUCACCAGCCCAGAAACCUCUACCCCACCUCCUCUUCCGCGUUCACCCUCUGCUGCACUCAACGGGGAGCACAAGCCUCCGCUGUCCGCUUCGUCACACAAAGGAGCUCUGGCUACACACAAUCAUAGCUCUGGCAGGAGUCCAGUGUCUCCAGGAUUUCCUCAGCCUCAGCCACCUCGAUUCACACCUGAAGGAGGACCUGGCAAACUACGGCCUGUGCGAGCAGCCCCUCCUCCACCCAAACAGCACCCCCGCCGACAGGCAGAGAAGAGCGACAAGACGGAGGAAGUGGAGAUCACACUUGUGUGACAGGGACGAGUCGGCAGGCAAUUAAAAAAAGAAAAAACUAACGCCAGAUAGCAGAGACACGUCCAACAGGCUGGUUGAACUGAACUGAACUGAACUGCUCUGAAGUGAAGCCAAUUUAAAUCAAAUGAAGUUAACUGAGCUGAAACACGCUGACCUCCCUGAACUCACUGCCUCACGUUGAGGAGGAGAAUGGGGGAAGGGGAAAGAAGAUCUGUCACUUAAAUAACCUUUGUAUUACCUUCCUAAAGAUACGCAGCAGUAGUCACCCUACGCCCGUUUCCACCUUUCCUUGUCGUUCUGUAGUCUUGACUUAAAUCCUCACCUCCUUCGGCAGUUGUUGCUGGAGGCAAACCAGAGCACAGUAAAGAAGAAGAGGAGAGGGGGAGAAAAAAAAGAGUUUGGAGGAUGAGGAGUAUGAGGAGAGAACCAAGGUGAUGAUGGGCUUGGCAAGCUUUGUUUUAUUUGAAGGUCACACUUCAUUUGUUUUACCUUGGAAUUGGGGAGUCAGAACUUGGAAUAAUGUUAUUGGAUCAACUUCUGCACUUUCAAUUUCAGUUAUUAGGUACAUGACAACUCCGUGAAAACUGCCGUUCCUCAUGCUUUGUCUUCAAACACAUUUUAUUCAUAUUGUUCAUUUUACAUAUAGCAUUAGCUUUGCAUGGUAUUCUGUCAAA